AUGUGGAACUCGCCCAAGGUCGGAAUUCUCGGCGGUGGCCAGCUUGGCCGCAUGCUCGUUGAGUCCGCCAACCGAUUGAACAUUCAGUGCAACGUCCUGGACGCCGAUAACUCUCCGGCCAAGCAAAUCAGUGCGCACGACGGCCAUGUCACCGGCUCUUUCAAGGAGCCCGAUGCUGUCCGCAAGCUAGCAGAGACUUGUGAUGUUAUUACCGCCGAGAUUGAGCACGUCGACACCUACGCUCUGGAGGAAGUUGCGUCGAAAGUACGAGUGGAGCCCAGCUGGCAGGCCAUUCGAACAAUUCAGAACAAGUUCAACCAGAAGGAACAUCUCCGCAAAUAUGGAAUUCCCAUGGCCGACCACCGGGAAUUGGUCAACAAUACCCCGGAGGAACUAGCACAGGUUGGAGAACAAUUGGGCUACCCCAUGAUGUUGAAGUCGAAGACCAUGGCAUACGACGGACGUGGAAACUUCCGUGUGAACUCCAAAGAGGAUAUCCCCGAAGCCCUCGAGGCUCUUAAGGACCGCCCUCUCUAUGCCGAGAAAUGGGCCUACUUCAAGAUGGAACUCGCCGUCAUGGUCAUCAAAACCAAGGACGGGGUCCUCUCCUACCCCACCGUCGAGACAGUCCAAGAGGACUCAAUAUGCAAGCUGGUGUACGCGCCAGCCCGCAACGUCCCCGAGGCCAUCAACCAGCAAGCCCAAGCACUAGCCCGCAAAGCCGUCUCCGCCUUCGAAGGCAAAGGCGCCUUCGGCGUCGAGAUGUUCCUACUCGAAGACAACAGCCUAAUGCUCUGCGAGCUAGCCAGCCGAAUCCACAACUCAGGCCACUGGACAAUCGAAGGCUGCGCCCUGUCCCAAUUCGACAGCCACAUCCGCGCCAUCCUCGACCUGCCCAUCCCACCCAAGAGCCUCGAACUCCUCCAACCCUCCAUCAUGCUCAACAUCAUCGGCGGCGCAACACCAGACUCCCACCUCAAGGCCACAGAAGCCGCCCUCAACAUCCCCAACGCCAGCAUCCACCUCUACAGCAAGGGCGACGCAAAGCCCGGCCGCAAAAUGGGCCACGUUACCGUCGCAGCCGCGACUAUGCACGAAGCCGAAACCAUGAUCCAGCCGCUCAUCGAUGUCGUCGACAAGAUGCGCGCUGAGCGCUCAGAUAUCAAGACCAAGCCUGCCAAAUCUGGCCCAUCUAAGCAAGCCCCCUCCGUCGCUGUCAUCAUGGGCUCCGAUUCCGACCUGAAGACCCUCGUCCCGGGUCUUAAGCUCCUGCGUGAUUACUUCGGUAUCGAGCCCGAGGUCGAGAUUACCUCUGCCCACCGCACGCCCGAUUAUAUGGCCGAGUAUGCAGGAAAGGCGGCCUCGCGCGGUAUCAAGGUGAUCAUCGCUGCUGCCGGCGGUGCCGCCCACCUGCCCGGUAUGGCGGCCGCUCACACUGCCCUCCCCGUUAUCGGUGUACCCGUUAAGGGUAGCUCCCUCGACGGCGUUGAUAGUUUGUACAGCAUUGUUCAAAUGCCGCGUGGUGUCCCCGUCGCCACCGUUGGCAUCAACAACAGCAUCAAUGCUGCCCUCCUCGCUGCGCGUGUGCUGGGAUCCUUCGACCCCGCCAUCCAGCGCAAGGUCGAGACGUAUGCUGAAGCUGCCCGUGCCGAGAACAUGGAGUUGAAGGGAACUAAGCUACGCGAAUUGGGUUGGCAGAAGUACUUUGAUCAGAUGUGA